AUGAUCUACACUCCUUAUCUCGCACUAUUCGGCAUCUUUCUCGCUCACUCUCGGGCUGAGGUGGUCAACACUUUCGAUGGCCCGGGGUUUCCCACAUGCGCCAAUGUCGCACAGAUUCUAUACCCACAAUCAAUCGAAGAGGUAGUGAGCAUCGUCAAGAAUGCAUCCGCAACCAAUACCCCCGUCCGUGCUCUUGGUGGCGGCCACUCAUGGUAUAACACCAGCUGCUCCGACGACCCAAGGACAAUUGUGUUCAAAACCGAAUAUCUCAACCGCAUAUCCAAUCUCGAUAUGAACGCAGGGACGGUUGACAUUGAAGGCGGCGUCACAUUCUUGCAGCUAGCGGAUUGGCUGCACGCCCGCAAUGCAUCUAUCGGGUAUACGCUCGUCAACUGGAAUAUCACCAUUGCGGGUGCAAUUGCUAUGGGUGCCCAUCGUUCGUCAUUGAGAGAAGACAGCAUGGUUGCCGCAGCUGCGGAGGCCUUAGACAUUGUCAAUGGUAAAGGCGAACUCGUACAUCUUACCAAGGACAUGACGAGCGACACUUGGCUUGCGGCUACCACCUCACUUGGUCUCCUCGGUGCCAUCGUGAAGAUCAAAUUCAAAGUCCGACCAGAUUUCAAGGUGUAUGCCGAUCAGAAGAUUCUUGAUGAACAAGAUGUGAUGAACGGAGACAUUUACGGGAUGAUCUCCAAGUACGCGACGGCGAACCUCUGGUGGUGGCCUGGGUUGAAGAAGUUUCAUUACCGCUACUAUGACGAGAUCUCUAUCAAUGACCCUGGAAGGUCUCUGCAGAACACCUUCAGCGUCAGCUCCUUUGAAGCGAGUACUGCCACACUCCUUUUGGAGGGUGGCACGUCCCAAGCAUGGUUGAACUCGCUAGCUGAGAAGACAUUCUUCGCAGUUUGGUCGCUCCCUAAUUUCAGAGACAAUACGACGCAACUACCUAUUCUGACAUGGCCAACGACUGGGUUUGCAUAUCCUGUCCUCAUCGGUGGUCUCUAUCCAGACCAAAAGCCCGAAUGGGAAAUGAACCUGCACGGUUAUACGCUCGAAUUGGCAUUCCCAGUCACUAUCGCCAACAAGGUUCUCCAGCGUAUCCGCCAACUUUUCGACGAGUCUGAGGCUCAAGGAUUUCCUAUGACGAGUACAUACCGCUCUGGGAUUAAUCUCAAGUUCGGCAAAGCUUUCCCCGACUUGCUCAGCCAAGUCACAUUGACAGACGAGGCGGAUUGGAGCAAAGGAGUGAUGAUGUAUGACCAUCCAUCCUAUCGUCCAAAAAACGGCAUUCGCUACAAUGAACCCUUCUACCACAAUCUCGCAAAAACACUCAUUUCUGAGUUUCCAUGUAGACCACAUUGGACCAAGAAUAGUCGUGAAGUACUCAACCUUGUCAAAGAGCACGGUCGAGUCGAUGCAGGACACCUUCAACGAUUCGAAGCCGUCAGAGCUCAGUUUGAUCCUCAACGCAUCUUUAAGAGUGUCGUAGGAGAAACGUUCGGCAUGUAG